GAACGAGCGAACGUCUCAAUAUCCGAGGGAUUUUGUCGUGGUACGAUGUACAAAUCUGCAGUGAUUCUCGUUGCGCUGAUUGGAACGGCAUGCGCAUUUCCACCCGCCGACAUCCUGCGAAAAUCGGUAGCCGAGGAUAACGUCGAUGAAAAGGCUCCGGAAAUCCCGUCGCAAGGAUCGGAAGUCGAAAAUCAGAGGGAAGAUGAUGGCGUCCGGGAGUCCGACAAGAAAUCGACCUCCGAAUAUCGUCUUUUUACCGCUACUAUGAAGAUUCCGGAAUUCACGACGGUGACAGCAAUACGAUCCGAUCAAAGUGCCGAGGAAAGCAAAGUGCCAAAAAAGCUCUGCGACAAAACUGCGACGGAUUGUGAUUUUCUCGGUGAAUCUGCACGACGUGAAAAAAGAAAUACCGAAAUGCUUCCGUUGGGUCAAAAUAUUCCCAUUGACCAGCUGAAAAUAAUAAAUUUGUCGGAUAUAGAUAAUUUUCUGGAGGGUACGACAACACUUAACGACGGCUCAAAUAAGGGCAAAAUUCAAGUAACAAAUGUUCCGCAGGUUGAUAUAACAAGCGAUGGUCAGAUAGUAAUAUCGCUUGAAAAAGUAAACGUUCCGAUUGACAUUUUAGAGGAUCUUAUCCCCAGUCAACAGAUGGGUGCCAGAGACUCGACUGUUGAAGAAUUGAAAAAGGUUCAACGAGAGUACCAAGUGAUGAAGAAAAAAUUAGAGAAGGCGGAAAAAGACUUGGCAGAGAAAAUAAAGAAAUCUAACAGGGAGAAGAAGCUCGUAGAGGUGGACUGGCAGAAUACGCUACAGAAGAACAGAGUGAAAGAAGAGCAAGAACGUAAGACGCUGCAGAAGAAACACGAUGCAGCUGUCAAGGAAUUGACGGAAGAGUUAGAUGAUUUGAAAGAAAAGUUGGAACAGCAGUCGAAAAAUUUCACUGAGACGGUUCGUGAAGUAAAGACAGGCUGCGAGAAGACAUUAAAGGAUAACCAAGGGAGAGAAGAACGGCAACGUGAGACGCAGCAGGAGGCACAUAAUACAGAAGUCAAGAUCUUGAAGGAAAAAUUAGUCGAUUUGAGAGAAGAGUUAGAUCAGCGAUCCAGGAAUCUCACAACAACGGUAGAGGAAGGAAAGAAAAUCUGUGAGAAGACAUUAAAGGAUAACCAAGGGAGAGAAGAACGGGAGCGCGAGACGCUGCAGAAGGCACAUGAUACAGAAGUCAAGAUCUUGGAGGAAAAAUUAGUCGAUUUGAGAGAAGAGUUAGAUCAGCGAUCCAGGAAUUUUCCGACAACGGAAGAGGAAGGAAAGAAAAUCUGUGAGAAGACAUUGAAAGAAAACAAGGAAAGAGAAGACCGGGAACGUGAGACGCUGCAGACCGAACAUGCCGCUGAAAUUGAAUCAUUGAAGGAAAAGUUGAUGAAGGAAAAGCAAGUUUCAAUCGGCUUGGAGGAAAAAAUGAUUACGCAAACCACCGAAUGUGUUCAGAAUCUGAAGGCACAGAAGGAGCGCUGGGACAACAGACUAACCGAACAAACGGAACAGUCGAAGAAAGAACUCGCAAAAAUUACAGAACUAUACGAGACUUGCGUUGCCGAUAAGGAGAAGAAGGACAAGCAAAUGAAGGAACUACAAUCAUUCGGACGUUAAGUUAGCAUCCCUGUGAUACAAUAGAAAUACGCGUAUCAAACCCUUCGAGACGUGAAAUGAUUUCCUGAAUAUCACUCAUCGGUCGUUACUUUCAUUUCUUGUCAAAUAUCCGAGAAAUAACUUACUGUGUAAUAUAAAUUUUGUAAUAUUAUAACGUAGACAGUUUUUGCCAACUCGUCGAUGUCCGGUAUUGACAGUAUGUUUAUACUGCGUGGAAGAGAAGAAAAUAAAUAAACAAAAUUUCUCCAA